GACCGCCAGUGCAAGAUCGUGCUCAUCGGCGACGGCUCCGUGGGCAAGAGCAGCCUCAUCGCGCGCUUCCGCACGGAGGGCUUCGCGCCCCACUACGCCCAGACCAUCGGCGUCGACUUCUUCGAGAAGCGGCUCGAGCUCCGGGGCAGCCAGGCCGUCAAGCUCCAGAUCUGGGACAUCGGCGGCCAGUCCAUCCACUCGAAGAUGCUGCCCAAGUACCUCUACAAGGCCGCCGUCGUGCUCAUCGUCUACGACCUGACGAACUCGGAGAGCCUCCUCAACGUCGACGACUGGCUCGCCGCGCUCCGGAAGGUCUUCGUCGACAAGUACACGGGCGAGAAGCUGCGCAUGCCCCACACCUACGUCGUCGGCAACAAGGCCGACCUCCUCCAGCACCGCCAGGUCACGGACAGCGACCACGUCCGGUUCUGGCAGGAGCGGAGGCUCGAGGGCGGCUUCCUCACGUCCGCGCGGUCGGGCGAGAACGUCGCCAAGGCCGUCUACGCGACGGCGGCCCACGCCGUCGGCGUCGACCUGACGGCCUACGAGCUC